GAGCGCCAGGGACCACAGUGGGAUCGGAACUGCGGAGGGUCAGACCCUCUGACCCCCGCGUCCAGCUGAGGACGCAGCCCCUCCGCGCCGGAGACUUCCCGUACGACCGAGGCCAAGGCGUAGCAGUAGGACCAGAAAGGUUGCUUGAAUGGGGGGCGCCCUGGUGUGGGUGCUGUUGGUGCCGCUGCUGCUACUACUCCAUCCAGGCAGCCAGGAGAUCUGCAGCGUGUACUCGGGGGUCGUGGACUGGACCAGGGAGUUCACGGACACAUGCCUGAACUUCAGUGGCCAAAGCCUGAACCAGCUGCCUCAGAACCAGUCUCUGCAGGCCAGGCAGGUGGUCCACCUUGACCUGUCUGGGAAUGGCCUUCGAGAGCUCCCACAGCUUUUCUUCGCUCACCUGCGUGAGCUAAAGACCCUGGAUGUGACCAACAACUCCCUGGGCUCCGUGGACAGGGAGCUGGCCAAACGCUGUGACCUUGAACUGAAGGCUGACUGCAGCUGUGUCCUUUCACCCUGGCACGACGUUUGGCAGGGCAACUGCUCUAGCCAGCUGCCUCUGCUAUGCCUGGAUGUGGGCGCCAGCGCCUGGAAAAACCUGUCUGCCUUCUUGGAAGUGCACUGUCCCCAUGGCCUGCCCGUGACGACCAUAGCAGCCCUGGCGGCCAGUGGAAGCCUGAUGCUUGUGCUUGCUGUCACUGGUGCCGUGCUGGCCUGGAGAUUCUAUAGGCAUCGGAUGGGCAGCGGCCGGGGCUUGAGCAAAACGUGGGCUGCGCAGGAUGGUCCCAGGUCUGGCUCGGGCCAGCAGCCAAGGUACAGUAGCCGGAGCCUUAGCUCUAAGCCCGCAGCAGCCACCCAGCCACCCAGAUCUUCCACUUCUGACUAUGAGAACAUGUUCGUGGGCCCACCAGCUGCCGGGCACCAGUGGGCUGAACACAGGCCUAACGCUUCAGAGGACAGCAACUUCUACAUGACCUAUGAGAGCCUCCAGCAUGACUCCCAGCCUGUCUACUGCAACCUGCAGUCGCUGGGCCAGGACGCAUUGGAUGAAGAGGAGUACGUGAUCCCUGGGCGCUGAGCCUUCAACAUCUCAGGCUCCAGCCUGCCCCCUUCCGUGUGACUUGGGGCAUCCUGGAUCCUCCCUGGCCUCAGUCCUUCCAUCUGAGAAAUGGGGCCAGGGAAGGAUCAUCCCUGAGGCCCCAGGUAGGCUCUGCAGCCCCCUCCCUAGACCACUCUGCUCCUCAGGCCCUGCAGCUGCUAGAAGAGGAGAAGGAGAGACCCCAACAGAGGGAUGGGAGGGGCAGUGUGUGAAUUCUGUUGUCAUCCUUCUGUCGGUGUGCAAGCAUUACCCAAUAAAUUCUG